UUACAGACGUUACUUCCGGCUGGCGGAGGAGGGGAUUGCGGUGCUGGGUGGCUGACCCUGGGUCGGGACCUCUCCCACCUUCCCGGUUCGGCGACUUCGACCCCACCUCUACCCGGGUCGUGCCCCCAACCCGAGCCUACCCGUAUGGCCCGGCACGUGUUCCUGACUGGGCCCCCAGGAGUUGGAAAAACAACACUGAUCCAGAAAGCCACCGAAGUUUUAAAGUCCUCUGGCGUGCCUGUCGAUGGGUUUUAUACAGAAGAAGUCAGACAGGGAGGAAGAAGAAUAGGGUUUGAUGUUGUCACGUUGUCUGGCAUCCGGGGACCUUUAUCCAGAAUUGGGUCAGAGCCUCUGCCUGGAAAGCGUGAGUGCCGUGUAGGGCAGUACGUGGUGGACCUGACGUCCUUUGAGCAGCUGGCGCUCCCGGUCUUGAGGAAUGCAGGUGCCAGUGGUCGCCCGGGACAGAGCAUUUGUGUCAUCGACGAGGUGGGGAAGAUGGAGCUCUUCAGUCAGCCGUUCAUCCAGGCCGUCCGCCAGGCGCUGUCCAUGCCAGGGACUGUGGUCCUCGGCACCAUCCCCGUACCCAAAGGAAAACCACUGGCCCUCGUGGAAGAGAUCCGAACCCGAAAGGACGUGAAGGUGUUGAGCGUAACCAAGGAGAACAGAAAUCACCUUUUGCCAGAGAUUGUGACCCACGUGCAGAGCAACCAGAAGUGAAGAAGACAUGUCACCGCUUCUCUGCACGUGCAGACGUUUCUUCGAGAGGAGUCCCAGUGCCCUCCCCGACCAGGUUUUAUGCCCUGGUUUACGAAACCUUGGAGGCUUUUCCAAAGAGAGCCUGACAGCUGUUUUCCAUAAAAUGUUUUAAAAUAUCAAAUUAGCCUUAAUGCUGGAUUGACUCUACAAGAUUAACAAUCCACUGUGGUGUAUUUAUGCUGAGAGAUUUCUGUUUAUUUCCUCUUGCAGUUGUGCAUAUGAUUUGGGUAAAUUAUGAAAGAAGAAAUGGUUUUUGGAGUAUUAGAUGGAAUUUGCCCCCAUUGAAGUUUAUAAAUGUGUUCAGGGGAGGGGGGUGGGGAGGAGUUCACUGCCUGAUCAUUUUGGCAUGUCAGGAAAAUUAAACCCCUCCCCGGGAGCAGCUGCAGCCUCCUGCAACUUGGAGUGAUAACAGUUAUUUGCUUUUAAGAAAAUCAGUAUUUCAGGAAAAGCCAUUUUCAGUCCUUCCCUGCCCGCAUCUUUGACUGUUUAUCUGUUUGCUUAUUGCUUAAUAAAAUAAAGAGAAAUGUGACGGCUGCAGA